AUGGCAGAUAUAGUCCUGGGACUGGGCUCUUCCCACAGCCCCCAACUGAGCACACCGUCCGAGAUGUGGCUUACCUACGGCGAAGGUGACAAGCGCCACCAGGAACUGUGGGCUGCGGACGGCAACCCCUAUUCCUUUGAAGAGCUGUUAUCAAGCAUUGACCGGUCGAUGAUUGAGAAAGAAUUGGCCGAGGACAAAAUGGCAACCCGUUACAACGCUUGCCAGCAGGGCAUUGCCACCCUUGGGUCAACACUGGAGGACGCUGCGCCCGACAUAGUCGUGAUGAUUGGCGACGACCAGUUGGAGCUCUUCAACGAGGGCAACAUGCCGGCCAUGCUGGUUUACUGGGGCGAUACUAUCCGCAACGUUCCCAUUUCAAUUCCCGAGGCUGCGCCGGCUUUCCGCAAGGCCAACGCCUGGGGCUGGUUCGCUGAUCGCGAAAUCGACUACCCAAUUGCUUCCGACCUGGGCCGCCACGUAAUAGAGCACCUGGUUGACCAGAAAUUCGACGUCGCCCACUCCAGGCGAUUGCCCGAAGGCCAGGGAAUGGGCCACGCUUUUGGCUAUGUAUACCAGCGCAUUUUGCACCAGAAGGCCAUUCCAGCCUUGCCCAUCAUGGUCAAUACCUACUACCCACCGAACCAGGUAACUCCCCAGCGUUGCUACGAAUUGGGACAAGCUGUUCGCGCCGCCGUCCAGGAAUGGGAGGGAGACGCCCGAGUGGCGGUCAUCGCCUCGGGCGGCCUCAGCCAUUUCGUCAUCGACGAGGACCUCGACAAUCACGUCCUGAAGGCCAUGCAGAACCGGGACGCGGAAGCCUUGUCAUCUAUUCCGAAGGAAAAACUGAAUUCCGGUAAUUCAGAAAUCCGCAACUGGAUUGCAGUGGCCGGCGCCGUAGAACAUCUCGAUAUGAAGGUUGUGGACUACGUUCCUUGUUACCGUUCCCCGGCCGGCACCGGCUGCGCCAUGGGCUUCGCCCAGUGGACCUAG